AUGUCGAACCCCUCUCUACCCGUGUUACCCGGAUUUUAAAUUGCUGAAAAGCAAGUUGUUCAAGUUUUCAUCCAAGGGACGCCCUACCGCCAUCAUACCAGUCAAUCAUAGCAUGUUCACAAAACAAUGGAACUAAAAACGAAAGGUUCCAGUUACAGACUUCCUUCCACGUCCACAUCCACGGUGCACCCUCAGAUCACCGAGGAACAGACUGUGACGACGGACCCAGUGUUCAACAAACAAAGACGGCUUGUCUUCAAGAACGGAGAAUGCAACGUUAAGAACGUGAACAUCCCGAAACGCGCCCUGAGCUACCUAGCGGAUCACUUCACGACCUUCUUGGAACAGAGAUGGCGAAUAGUGAUCAUAGUGUUCUUCAGCUGCUUCUUCGUGAGCUGGUUCCUCUUCACGCUCGCCUGGUUCACGCUGGCCACGCUGCACGAUGACUUCAGCGCCGAGCACGACCCGGGAUUCAUCCCGUGCAUCUGGAACGUGAACAACUUCGCGUCAGUCUUCCUCUUCUCCAUGGAGACGCAGACGACGAUCGGUUACGGAUACCGCUACGUCAGCGAAGAGUGCGGGGCGGGCGUCUUCUUUCUGGUUCUGCAGUCUGUGUUCGGCGCGCUGCUGCAGUCGGUGCUGGCCGGGGCCGUUGUGGCCAAGCUGCUGAUGCCGAAGAAGAGAGCGAAGACCGUGCUGUUCAGCAAACGCUGCUGCGUUUGCGUGGAGAACGGCCAGCUCUGUCUGAUGUUUAGAGUCGGAAACCUGAGGCAGUCGCCCAUCUUCGCGGCCAGCAUCCGGGCGUUCUUCCUGUGGCACGACGACAUGCCCGACGACAACAUGCUGGCCUAUCGUCUGCAGGAAAUGCAGAUGGACCAGGACGAAAUUACGAGGAUGGCUCACCUCUGGUGGCCCAACACGAUGAUCCACCGCAUCACCAAGUCCAGCCCGCUGUACAACAUUUCCAACAAGACCCUCAAAACAAGAAGAUUCGAAAUCAUCGUCAUUCUGGAAGGUUCUGUUGCCAGCACGAGUCUGACCUUCCAGGCCAGGACGUCUUACUUGGAAACGGAUAUUGUCUGGGGAUACAGAUUCGUGCCUCUAUUCAAGCCGAUGGAGAACUUCGGGAGUAAAUAUCCAGUUGAUUUUAUGAACUUUGACGAAGUAUAUAAAGUCCAGGAAACACCAACACAUUGUGCUAAGGAACAAGACGAGAACCAGAAUGAAAGAGUUGCCAGUCGAAGAAAAUCCGGCAGACGUUACAGCAUAGUGGAAUGACAUAUUUACCAUUAACAUCUCCAUGACUCCAGACAAUGAGUGUACCUAAUUCUACGACUAAUAUAGGACAUGUACUAGACGAAGAGAAUUCAGCAGAAGUUACAGCAUAGUGGAAUGACAUAUUUACCAUUAACAUCCCCAUGACUCCAGACAAUGAGAGUACCUAAUUCUACGACUAAUAUAGUAUAUGCCCUGGUAUGUACUAGACGAAGAGACUUUAGCAGAUGUUACAGCAUAGUGGAAUGAAAUAUUUACCAUUAACAUCCCCAUGACUCCAGACAAUGAGUGUACCUAAUUCUACGACUAAUCUAGUAUAUGCCCUAGUGUAUAAUAGACGAAGAGAAUUCAGCAGAAGUUACAGCAUAGUGGAAUGACAUAUUUACCAUUAACAUCCCCAAUUACUCCAGACAGUGAGUGUACCUAAUUCUACGACUGAUAUAGGACAUGUACUAGACGAAGAGAAUUCAGCAGAAGUUAAGCAGUGUGGAAUAAAACAUUAAAAUACCCCAUAGUACUCGAGACCCGUCUAGUUGUAACUAUGUAACUACUCUAUGACUAAUAUAUCAUACACUCUGGUAUGUACUCAUCGAAUAGAGUUCACCAGACGUUACAGCAUGGCAGAGUGGACUAUUCAAUUUUAUUAUUAAGGAAUCCGUAUUACUU